AUGGAUUUUUUAAAGCGUGAUAAUACUCUUCAAACUUUGAGAUACUUAUUAGAUGGUAGAUUAGAUGCGAGACAUAAUGAAACCAAUUUAUUUAUUAAAUUUACACGCGAUAUAAUAUUACAUAAAUUAUUAGAUGGUUGGUAUAUUGGAGUACCUUCGAUGCAAGCUAAUAUUAAGAAUGAAAAUAUUAUUAAAAAUAACUUAACAG